AUGAGUCACUCCUCGUUGAACCCCACCAAGGACAUGAUGUCCGGAAUGGAUAGCGGGAUGGAUGACAACAUGAUGAACCGAGACCGUCAAGGGGACGAUCAAGGAUUGAUGGGAAAGAUGGCCUCGAUGGUCGGAGGGAACAAGAACAACGACCAAUCGGGGCAAAACCAGUCCUCGAAGAUGAUGGGCGGCGUCGGCGGCGGCGCGGGCCGAGACUCGAACCGGGGCCAAGAGGCGUCGAUGGGCGACAAGGUGAAGGGCACCUACGAGCAAGCCAAGGGCAAAGUUAUGAAUGACCCGCAUACCGCCCGAAAGGGCGAUAUGCGCAAGAACCCCGGCGGGAAUGACUCGAACGAUUUCAUGACCACCUCCGGCAUCUGA